GGGCUGCAGCCAAAGCGGAGGCGGAAGUGACGGCCGGUUCGCAGCCACCGGCAGCAGCUGCGAGGGUCAAGCCAGAGUGGACUGCCUUUCUGGAGCAGUUCCUCAUUCUCAGGUGUCACCGAGAGCUCAGGCGGUGACCAUCACCUGUCCCCAGAACAGCUUUUGGUAUUCGCUUCUGUUCCCGAUUAUCCCAGAAUUAAAUUCUGAGUUCAUCUCAUAAAACUCCAGGGAUCAGCAUCCGCUCCAUUUCUGCACCAAGGCUGAGCUAUACCAUUUAGAAGAAUGGAAGCUAAUGCAUCUGUUGACAUGUUUUCAAAAGUCCUGGAAAAUCAGUUGCUUCAGACUACGAAACUAGUAGAAGAACAUUUGGAUUCUGAAAUUCAGAAACUGGAUCAGAUGGAUGAAGAUGAAUUGGAACGCCUCAAAGAAAAGAGACUUGAGGCACUAAGGAAAGCUCAACAGCAGAAACAAGAGUGGCUUUCAAAAGGACAUGGGGAAUACAGAGAAAUCCCUAGUGAGAGAGACUUUUUUCAAGAAGUCAAGGAGAGUAAAAAAGUGGUUUGCCAUUUCUACAGAGACACCACAUUCAGGUGUAAAAUAUUAGACCGACAUUUGGUGAUACUGUCUAAGAAACAUCUUGAGACCAAAUUUCUGAAGCUGAAUGUGGAAAAGGCACCUUUCCUUUGUGAGAGACUGCGUAUCAAAGUCAUUCCCACACUAGCACUGGUAAAAGAUGGAAAAACACAAGAUUAUGUUGUUGGAUUUACUGACUUAGGAAAUACAGAUGACUUCACCACAGAAACUUUAGAAUGGAGGCUGGGUUGUUCUGAUAUUCUCAAUUACAGUGGAAAUUUAAUGGAGCCACCAUUUCAGAGCCAAAAGAAAUUUGGAACAAACUUCACAAAGCUGGAAAAGAAAACUAUCCGAGGGAAGAAAUAUGAUUCGGACUCUGAUGAUGAUUAGAAAUUAGUUAUAAUUCUUUGUAAAUUGUCUUUUUAUUUCUGCUUACUUCAUAAUUAAGAUGUGUUUUCUAAAUCCCAUUGGUUUUGAUACAUUGGUCAUCUAAUGGUCAUGUUCUAGAGUUUUGUACAGUUUCAUCACAUUGAAAGACAUUUUCAAUAUUUUCUGUGUGGCACUCAUGUUUAAGUUGAGGAAAACUUAUGAGUUCUUAAAUUAUCCAGCAAGGUCUGGAUUCUCUAUUUUUGAGAUUGAUUUUAUCACAAUAUGAUUCUUAUGUCUUUAUAUCAUUCACAAUUGUGUUUUUAAUCUACUGGAUUGGAAAUAGGAAUUCAGCAAACUAUUCCAGGACUAAUUCUUACGAAGCGUUAUUUACUUUAUACAACAGGCUAAACAGCAUUUACUGGUGUAACAGACUCACUUGUAAAUGAAUUAUAAACACUCCUUACUUCUGGAAUAUAUUUAACUAUUAAAGAACUGCCUAUUUAUUCUGUA